CGGCGCCUUGUCCCCUAAACAACGCCCACUUGACACAAAGCUUCGGUGUCAACGUCAACCUCGCAUCCUCCUUUUCGCAAAGCUACGGUCACCGCCCGUUGAGUCCGCCGUCGAGAAGCACGUCCCCUGAACACUGCAAUACCGCACCCCAAAACCCGACAAGAUGGACGCUUUCAAGGGUUUCCAGAAGAGUCUCACCUCUUUGGGUGGUCAGAUCACCCCCUUUGCCUCGCGCACCUUCCAGUACACCAAGGAGCAGCUGGGCCAGGCUGAGGACAAGACCGAACUCCCACCCGACUACAUCGACCUUGAGAAGCGCGUGGAUGCGCUCAAGGCUGUCCACCAGAAGAUGCUGGCUGUGACCUCCCAAUACUCCAACGAGGCCUACGACUACCCCCCUAAUAUCAAGGAGACCUUCCAGGACCUUGGUCGCACCGUCUCCGAGAAGGUUACUCUGUUGUCGAGCGCCACCUCUCCCGCCGAAGCCCAGGCUGCCCUGACCGCCCCUCCUUCGGCUAAGCCUCAACCCAAGACCUUCCAUCAUGCUAUCGCCCGCGCUUCGUUGGCCAGCUCCCAGGCUCUCCACCAGCAACACACCUCCUCCGGUGAGGAUCCUCUUGCUACUGCGCUCGAGAAGUAUGCGCUCGCCAUGGAGCGUGUUGGAGAGGCCCGCCUCGCCCAGGACGCCCAGGUUCAAAGCCGCUUCUUGGCUGGGUGGAACACCACCCUGAACACCAACAUCACCUUUGCUACCCGCGCGCGCAAGGCGGUCGAGAAGGCCAGGUUGACUUUGGAUGCUGUCAAGGCCCGUGUCAAGGGCACCACCUGGAAGCUUGGUGGAGCGGCCCCUAGUGGCCGGCACGACGAGCAGGAGCUCAGCCCUGAGGCCCAAGAGGAAAUUGAGAAGGCUGAGGAUGAGUUUGUCACACAGACCGAGGAGGCUGUUGGUGUCAUGAAGAACGUUGUCGAUACUCCCGAACCCCUGCGCAACCUGGCCGAGCUCCUUGCUGCUCAGAUUGAGUUCCACAAGAAGGCCCACGAGAUUCUCAGUGAACUUGCCCCUGUCAUUGACGGUCUGCAAGUUGAACAGGAGGCAAGUCGUGCUUCGGCUUAUUCUUUCCAGUAG